CUGGCAGAAAACAUGGCUCCAGAACCAGCAGACUGCCAGCCGUCAUGUAAAAGACGGAGAAUGGAAACUGAACCGUCACCCAAUGGUGUGGAGUCCAGUGUCAGCGGUUUCGGAUUACGCCCCUUCUCAAGUAGUCAGACGAUGAAUGCUGGUGACGUCAGUGGUGGUUAUGAUCACGUGUCCAAGAUGGCGAUGGAAACUCAGCUGUGGUGGCGCCUUCGUGAACAGGCGCUGAGAGAAAAGAGAGACAACUCGCUGCAUUGUGGGACGGUGGAGACCGGAGCUGUGGACUGGGUGAAGGUCCAAGCUGUGACUGCUCCAGUGUUUUCUCUGGUCAGCGCCUUCGUGGCCAACUUUCGGGAGGAAUUUUACACCGACAGAUUUUCCCUGGAAGAGCGAGUUGUUCUCAAAUACUUGUGCACCGAGUGCAAGAUUGAGACAACCGACCAGCUCUCUAACAACGACAGUGUGGUCACACUCAGGAAGACAAGUGAGACUCUUUUCCCCACUGACCAAGUUUUCCAACGCGUUCUGAUGACCCUCCAACAAUCAUAAACAAGGGUCAGGCUGGGACAAAGCUUCUGACAACUGAACGAUGACCUGAACCUGGGAACUUGACCUUCAGCUCGAGAGAACAGACAGACAGAUUAUAAAUAGUUUAUUGUCCCACCCACAAGAGCGCAACUGUUACGUCAUAAGGGAGCAUUUGAGCACUGGUAAACUGCAGGGCCUGCCUUUGAAAUAACUCAUUUGUAUCUGCAAAACUGUUAGAUUUUUCGUCAUUAAAAAAAAGACAAAUGUUUAUAGAGACCGGUUUCACUUCCAAACUAUUUACUGCUUAAAAUGAAAAAAAUAUUUUUAAAGGCAUGUUUAAGGUAUUCAGUUUAAAACUACAUUUUUUUCAACAAUCUCAUGGAAAACCAGUUAAUGUACGUGGUAUCUUUGUCAUUCCCUGAGUACUUUCAGCCUUCUUCCUUUCAACAGUACCGGCAGUAAUCGGUGUGGAGACAGAGACAAUUUUCCUACAGCAGGUUUUGUCAGACAUCUGCUUAUUAUUGUGUAUCAUUUCACUCUAGUAUUAUCAUGCAUUAGUGGUCUUGAGCCCUUUGUAUUUCUUUUUAAAAAAAUUUGAUUAUCAUACUCUGGAUAAAAUUAAGAAAUCCAGAAUAUGCAUUUCAAACGUAUAUUUUAUAAAAAGAAAAUAGUGUUUAGAAAGUAAUAACAACUUAAUUGUAUAAACUCUUCCCAACCCCCUUCCCCAAAAA